AUGCGGCUGGUGCGGUGUUGUUUUUAGUGAAUAUUAUAAAUUAAAUAACUGUAAAACAUUGAGAAUGAACUCUCAAGUGAAAUCUACGUCUCUGUCCGCGGACCUGAACAAUUUUAUUUACGGUGUAUCGAAGCGCAACUUCCAGAAUGCGCCGGAACUUACGAAAAUUGGUGCUUCUCUUCUGAAGAACUUCCCAGCAGCAAGGGAUGCUGUGCUGGAGUACUUUGCUAUGGUCUUUCAUGAUGCUGUCAAUGUCUCUAUCAACCAGACAGAUUAUGAGAAUGAGUCCAAUGCAAAUGGUUCCCUAGAGAGUGUGGCUAUGAUUGGCCCGGAACUGUGUAACCUAGGGGAGUCGUGGGCCCCAUUCAUUGCUCCCUGGUGCAUCAACCUCAUUAUGGACAUUGCUACAGACAAGGCCAACUUACCUAAUGCAACUUUACAGAGCACAGAGCCAGUGAGGGUUCUUCUGGACAUAACCACACAAAACCUCACCCUAUUGAAUUCUGAUGAGAGAGCAAAAUGCAUUGACAUGAUGCUAGGAUGUCGCGCGUGCUCGUGGGCGGUGGGCUGGGUGGGGCGCGCGGAGCCGGCGCUGGUGGCGCCGCGCGCGCUGGCGCUGGCGCCCGACGCGGCGCGGCCCGUGCUGCAGCACCUGGCGCACCACCCGCCUGCGCUCGCGCACGUGCGCGCCGCGCUCGUAGACCUCUUCCAGGGUGCAAUUCGAGACGACAGCAGUGUAGACAAGAAGCGAGAUGUGAUACCCUACCUAUUAAACUUGGCAUCAAAAUCGGACAUAGUUCUAAAAGCCCUCACACAAGACAUUGAACAGACAUUGACAGACGAAGUAAUAGCUCGGCUGUGCACGCUGUGCGCCACGUACCGCCACAGCCCGGCGUGGGAGGCGGUGGGCCCCGCGGCGCUGGUGACGCUCCUUCUGCGCUGCCACGUGCACUGCCUACUGCUGCUACUGCGACACGCGCACACCAACCUGUUCUGCAACCAGUUACUGGAAUUCCUUCUACAAAAGUUGGAAUACGAGAGUUUGUUCCCGGACAAGAAUAUUGCGCUAGUGAUGAGCGCGGCUGAGGAGAUCAACACAGUCAGAGAGAAGCUGCUGACUGGCACUCAGCUCGAACAGUAUUCCCUCGCCAGGAUACUUAUACUAGUCAGUUACAAGCUCCCAUCAGAGUUCGUAAGUACGAUCAGCUACCUGCUCCAACACUCGCGUACGGACACGACACUAGCCCUUCUAGUACGCAUUAUCUCCGGCACAAUAACGAUGCACACGCCAAACGACUCGCAAGACAUCAACGUUGACACAGAGAGAUACCACAACUUCAUAAAAACCGGAGUGGAAUAUGCCUUAAGAGACGCCAUCAUGUCCGAUGAGGAAAUCAAAAAGGUCUUCAUCGAAGGAAACGUGCCGAAAGACCAGAAGACUUACCUGCACCAUUUUUGUUUGAAUAUUAUUAAAUUGUUGAGAUGGGAGAAUUCAAACCGCGUGUCCCACCUGCGCACGCGGCCCAUCGGUCGCGCGGUGGAGGCCAACCUGUACCGCGUCGGCGGGGCGCUGCAGACGUACACUUCACUGCUGCGCGAGCGCAGAGACUGCACCAUGGCCGAGCUGGGGGAGAUGCCUACUUGCCACGCGCUAGCUGAGGUUUUGGACCGCGUGGACAUGUCAGGUACGAAGGCGCCGCCGCCGAGUGUGGAGGUCAUCCUGAAGGUCGUGUACGCAACCGUCAAGUACUUCUUCCGCUGCUUGCAUGAAAAAGACACAAUGGGCAAGCUCCGCGGCGUGCAGGCGGGCUGCCGGCUGCUGCGCAAGCUGUGCGUGCACAGCAAGCUGGCGCGGGCCGUGGCGCUGCGCGAGCUGCUGGAGGCCGCCAUGUUCAGGGAGGAGCACGCCUUCGGCAGCCGCAGCCUGCACACCGCCCACGCCCACCCCAACCACAACCUGCUCAUACACCUCAACCAGAAACACGGAUAUAUAACCCAGCUGACUCAGAGCCAUACGUCAGUGUUCCACGCGGGCAUCAUCGGCUCGGGCGUGAGGCACACGAAUAGCUCGUACAGUACGUCUGUGCCAGAUAUACUCACCACCAACAACGAGCUGCUCAUGGCCGCGCUCAUGGCUUGCAUGGACGGCAACAGCGGCAUAGUAGAGGGCGCCACGUCUGUGUCACUAUUGUUGGUAGAACUGGUGUCACCUGACGUCAUGUAUAACGGCCUGCCUUGGCCCGAUGAAGACUUUACUAAGCAAGUGAGCAUAGAGCGCGAGUUGUACAUGCGCAGUGCGCUCGAGGGCAGUGCGCCUGCGCGGGCGGCGCUGAGGCGCUGUGCCGGCGCCCGGCCCGCGCUGUGUCUCGCCUCGGCGUUGCUACGAGCUACGGCUGCUACGCUGCUACACCGCCUGCGGGCUUAUCUAGAUCGUCACACGCAAUCAGCAGAGAUGGCCCGUGAGAUGGCGGCCCUGACAGAGCUACUCGCCACUAUGACCCUGGGCCAGCUGCUUCCGCAUCCGCUCAGCCACAUGUUGGAACUCGCCCCGGAGCUCACUGCUAGCGAGAUAGUGCAAGUGUUGCGCGACUGUCUGUGGAAUUACACGCGCGACAACGUGCCUUCACCCGCGCUCUUCACCUGUGAUGCCACUGGGCUCCACUGGCGCUCUCCGAGCAACAGCAAGCCGCCGGCGACAUACACGGACACGCUGCGCAUCAUCAUACAGAAACGCAUCGCCAAGCUGGGACACCUAUACCCCAUCAUGUUUCUCAACCUCGGAAAGGACGACCAGUAGGCCACUUCAAGGGGUUCAUAUCAAUGAGAUCUCUUGUAAAUACUGUAUUAUAUCACUAGUUUUAAGAAUAAAGUGCCUAUUUGGAU